AUGGCCCAUCCGACGGAGAAGAAGCACGUCGUAUUCGACAUUGAAGGCACCGUCGUGUCGCACCACCGCGUCUUCCAGGCCCUCGAAGAGCGCUUGGGCCCGGCGUUACAGGAUGCCGGCAUCAAGCCUUCACUGCUCGGCUACACGUGGUUCGAGGUCGCGGAGCGCGAAUACACAUACUGCGGCAUGUCAGGCAACUACGUUCCUUUCACCAAGGUGUUCCGAGCCGUGUUCUUCCGGAUCCUGUGGAUGGCCGGCAUAACGAAGCCACGAGAGUUCGCGUCCGAGGCGGACCUCGACUUCCUCAUGGACGCGUACGCGUCUCUCGAGCCACGGCCGGGCGCCAAACAGUGCAUCCAGCACCUUCGAGACUCCGGAUACACGGUGUGGGCGUUCACGGCCGGAGAUCCAAAGCAAGUGCACGGGUACUUUGUCAAGGCCGGAAUCGACAUGGACGUGGAUCAUGUUCUGGCGUCCGACACCUACGGAGUUCCGAAGCCGGCCUUGGAACCCUACAGGGCGCUGCUGAGUAACGAGUUGGCUGGCGCGGACGAGGUAUGGUUCGCAGCUGCGCACAUGUGGGACGUCUCAGCUGCCCGCCGAGCAGGGUUUCGUGGUGCUUUCUGCACCGUCUUCGAGAACGAACCACUUUACGACAUCUUCGGCGACAUGGACGUGGUAGAGGAUACAUUGGAAGAGAUGGCACGGGCAAUAACGGCCCACUAA